AUGAACAGCACAGAAGAAGUUGUCCUGGCCAUCAAGAUUGCAAUUCCUGUUUCGUCCUACCUUUUAAACACAAAUCGUGUUCAAAAAGCCAUCGAGUUAUGUAAGGAAAAUUUGUUUCUUUUUAACCACAAGACACUGGAAAAUAUGAAAUUUACCAUUUGCUUCAAGACAAUGGCAUAUCUACAAAUGCUUGCAGGGUACACGCUUACUAACGAUUACAGGAACGCACUUGAAAUUGGCAGAAAGCUUCUCAUCAUUUCUCGAGAAACUGGCCAGAAAGCGUUAGAAGGAAAAGUAACAUUUUCCCUGGCGCUAUUGUAUAGAUGCCAGUGCGAUUAUAAUGAAGCAAUCGAGCUUUACACAAAGGCACUAAGCAUCGCGAUAGAAAGUAAAGAAAACGAAUUGGAAAGCAUUUGCUAUCUACACCUGGGAGGUAUCUUUCAGUCUUUGGGUGUAUAUGUCAAGGCUACAGAAUACAGCGAAAAAGCUCUUGCAAUGGCAGAAAAAAAUGGCGACAGGGAAACAGAAGCGAACUGCUAUGUAAGCUUAGGAUGCAUCCGUGCGCACUUAAGUGAAUAUGUCAAGGCUAAAGAAUAUCAAGAAAAAGCCCUUGCAAUCGCAGAAAAUAUUGGGGACAUGAAAACAAAAGCCUUAUGCUAUGAGAACCUAGGACUUGUCUUUUACUAUCUCUGUGAAUAUUACAAGGCUAAGAAAUAUCAAGAAAAAGGACUUGCAAUCGCAGAAGAAAGUGGCGACCGGCAAACAGAGGUCGCAUGCUAUGGAGACCUAGGAGGUGUGUUCCUGUCUCUUGGUGAACAUGUAAAGGGUAAAGAAUACCAAGAAAAAGCACUUGCAACCGCAGGAAAAUUGGCGACAAGGAAGCAAAAGCCAAAUGCUAUCAAAACCUCGGAAACAGUAUUCUUCCUGUCGGUGAAUAUGUCAAGGCUAUAGAGUGUCACGAAAAAGCACUUGCAAUCGCAGAAGAAAUUGGCGAUAGGAAAACAAAAGCCGCAUGCUAUAGACACCUGGGAGUAGUCUUUGAGUCUCUUGGUGAGUAUGUCAAGGCUAAAGAGUAUCAGGAAAAAGGACUUGCAAUCGCAAAAGAAAUUGGUGACAAGCACAUGGAAGCCCAAUGCUAUGGAUGCCUAGGAGAUAUCUUUCAAUCUCUCGAUGAAUAUGUGAAGGCCAAAGAAUAUCACGUAAAAGCACUUGCAAUCGUAGAAAAAAUCGGAGACAGGAAAUUAGAAGCCAUCUGCUAUGUAAACAUAGGAUUAUUCUUUGAGAGCUGCCGGAAAUCUGUCCAGGCGACAGAAUAUUACGAAAAGGCACUUGCAAUCGCACAAAACAUUGGCGACAAAAACAUUGAGGCCGCAUGCUAUGACCACUUAGGAAAAGUUUUUCGUUUUCUCGGUGAGAGUGCGAGGGCUAAGGACUGUCUCGAAAGAGCGCUCGUAUUGUGUAGAGAGGCUGGAGAAAUGGAAAGAGAGACAGCGCUUCACUUGUUUAUUUCACUUUGCAUGAUCGAAGACGACAACUUACCUGAAGCUGAAUCGCAUUUCUUUGCCUGUGUUAAAACAGGAGAGGUUCUCCGAGGUUUUCUGAAAGAUCAUGACCAGUUUAAGAUAUCGCUUCUCGACAAGCUCAGUGGAUACUACCGAGCGAUCGGUCAUGGGAUCUGCCGUGCGGGAUAUUCGAAAGAGGGUCUUUACGCAGAGGAGAUUGGACGAGCCAGAGCCCUGGCAGACCUAAUGACAGUCCAGUACUCUAUACAAAACGAAAUAUCAGUCGAGCCACAGGCAUGGGUUGGUAUUGAAAGAAUUGUGAAGAAAGAACACGAUUGGGCCUGUCUUUACAUUUCGUACCGGGAAAAAAUUAUAAAUUUGUGGGUUAUUAAGGCACACAACCAAAUAUUUUUCCAGGAAAUGAACGUGGAUAACUGUUUUGCAACCAAAAGAACAGUAAGCAAAGUGGCUGACUUUUUUUGCACCGAAAUCUUUAGAGAGACACAUUGCUUAGCUCCAGAGCAGUGCGAGGACCGAUCCUGGUUUCCUUCAAACGUUCACUCCAAGCAGACGCACCAGCCAUCUCAAGAAAACGGCCUCAAGGGGUGCCGCCCGGUAGAAGAGGAUGAAGACGAACAGCAGCCCAUCCUUACUCUUGCAGAUGGCUACAGAAUGAUCAUCGCUCCUGUAGCCGACUUGCUUGAUAAACCAGAAAUCGUCAUUGUCCCUGAUCGCUUGUUUUUCAUAGUUCCAUUUGCAGCGUUAAAGGACGAAAGAGGAAAGUAUCUAUCAGAGUCUUUCCGGAUUCGCAUAGUUCCUUCUUUGACGACACUCAAGCUCAUUCAGGACAGUCCAGCAGACUAUCACAGUCAGACUGGUGCACUGAUAGUGGGAGAUCCUGAGGUUGGUGAGGUGUUGUACAAGGGAAAUCUUCAGCACGUAUCAAGGCUGCCUUUUGCAAGCGAGGAAGCAGAGAUGGUCGGAGAUUUGCUGGAUAUACAACCCCUACUAGGAAAGAAAGCAACAAAGGAGACGAUACUCCAAAGCAUACAUUCAGUAAGUCUCAUACAUUUCGCUGCCCAUGGUGAUGCGGAAAGAGGAGAAAUUGUCCUUGCCCCUCCACCCCUCAAUGAUAGAAAACCUCAAGAAGAAGACUACUUGCUGACCAUGGCAGACAUCUCACAAAUUCGGCUGCGAGCCAAACUGGUAGUCCUUAGCUGUUGUCACAGUGCACAAGGACAGAUCAAAACGGAGGGAGUGGUUGGAAUUGCUCGCGCGUUUUUAGGAUCUGGUGCACGUUCAGUGUUGGUGGCACUGUGGGCCAUACAAGACGAAGCAACAAAGCAGUUCAUGGGUCGUUUCUACGAACACCUUGUUCGUGGAGAAAGUGCCAGUGAAUCUCUUCACCAAGCCAUGAAGUGGAUGAGAGAAAACGGAUUCUCUGAUGUGGAGCAGUGGGCACCUUUUAUGCUGGUUGGAGAUAAUGUAACAUUGGAUUUUCAAAAGUUACGGUCAGUAGAAACAUAUUGUUUUUGA